GAAGAAAAAUAAACAAAGGCUGCCGGAUCUGAAUUCAGUCAGGAUAUUCGUCCGGGAGGAUAGACUAGUAGACCAGAGACUCUCUGUCUCUAACUUAAGGAACUAGAAAGAGACAGCAGUGCCGCUAACUUGGAGGCGAGCUUCCGUGAAGUUUGGCUCCGCCGGCCCGCCGUCCGUUUGAUUACUGCGCCUGCGUGCGGCCGCCAGCGGCUCCGAGUCUGUCAGGACGGGCGGCCCUGAGCAGGAGCGGGGCAGGAAGUGGAGCGGCUCGGGGUCUUUCGCCAUGAAGACUCGGUUCAGCUCCGUCGAUAUCUGCGCUAUCCUCUCCGAGUUCAAUGCCAGCUUGUUAGGAAUGAGAGUACACAAUAUUUACGAUGUGGAUAAUAAGACAUAUCUUAUACGCCUUCAAAAACCAGACUUUAAAGCUACACUUUUACUUGAAUCUGGUAUACGAAUUCAUACAACAGAGUUUGAAUGGCCAAAGAAUAUGAUGCCAUCUAGCUUUGCCAUGAAGUGCCGAAAGCAUUUGAAGAGUCGUCGAUUGGUCAGUGUAAAACAGCUUGGUGUGGAUAGGAUUGUAGAUUUUCAGUUUGGAAGUGAUGAAGCUGCCUAUCAUUUAAUCAUUGAGCUUUAUGAUAAGGGGAAUAUCGUUCUUACCAACUAUGAAUACCUAAUUUUAAAUAUCUUGAGGUUUCGAAGUGAUGAAGCAGAUGAUGUAAAGUUUGCUGUUCGAGAAAAGUAUCCAAUUGAUCAUGCUAGGGUAAUGGAACCAUUGCUUUCAUUGGAAAGAUUAACUGAAAUAAUACACAGUGCACCCAAAGGAGAACAGUUAAAGAGGAUUCUUAAUCCAUAUCUCCCCUAUGGGGCCACUCUGAUUGAACACUGUCUUAGAGAAAAUGGAUUUUUUGGCAAUGUCAGAGUAGAUGAGAAAUUUGAAACUAGAGAUAUUGAAAAAGUACUUGUUUGUCUGCAGAAAGCAGAAGAUUAUAUGAAAACAAUGUCCAACUUCAAUGGAAAGGGUUAUAUCAUUCAGAAAAAAGAGAAAAAACCAAGCCUGGAGCCAGAUAAGCAAUCUGAAGAUAUAUUCACAUAUGAAGAGUUUCAUCCUUUCUUAUUUUCUCAGCAUUCCAGUUCUCCAUAUAUAAAAUUUGAAUCAUUUGACAAGGCAGUGGAUGAAUUUUAUUCUAAGCUAGAAGGCCAGAAGAUAGACUUGAAAGCUUUACAACAGGAAAAACAGGCAUUGAAGAAACUGGAUAAUGUCCGAAAGGAUCAUGAGCACAGAUUAGAAGCCCUUCACCAAGCCCAGGAAAUUGAUAAAAUCAAAGGAGAACUCAUAGAAAUGAAUCUACAAAUAGUUGAUAGAGCCAUCCAAGUGGUUCGGAGUGCUUUAGCCAACCAGAUAGACUGGACGGAAAUUGGGUUAAUUGUAAAAGAAGCCCAAGCUCAGGGAGAUACUGUUGCAAAUGCAAUCAGAGAAUUGAAGCUGCAAACCAAUCAUGUCACAAUGUUACUAAAAAACCCAUACCUAGUAUCAGAUGAGGAAGAGGAAGAAGAUGAAACUAACAUUGAGAAAGAAGAAACAGAAGAACCAAAAGGGAAAAAAAAAAAGCAGAACAAACAGCUUCAGAAACUUCAGAAAAAUAAGCCAUUACUUGUUGAUGUCGAUCUCAGUUUGUCAGCAUACGCCAAUGCCAAAAAGUAUUAUGAUCAUAAGAGACAUGCUGCCAGGAAAACACAGAAAACAGUUGAAGCUGCUGAGAAGGCAUUCAAAUCAGCAGAAAAGAAAACAAAGCAAACACUCAAAGAAGUUCAGAUGGUUACCACCAUUCAGAAAGCAAGAAAAGUGUAUUGGUUUGAGAAGUUUUUAUGGUUUAUUAGCUCUGAGAACUAUCUCAUACUAGGUGGAAGAGAUCAACAACAAAAUGAAAUGAUUGUGAAGAGAUAUUUGACCCCAGGGGAUCUUUACGUUCAUGCUGAUCUUCAUGGUGCAACAAGCUGUGUAAUUAAGAAUCCAACGGGAGAACCAGUCCCGCCACGGACUUUGACAGAAGCUGGCACAAUGGCAUUGUGUUACAGUGCUGCUUGGGAUGCUCGAGUUAUUACCAGUGCUUGGUGGGUGUAUCAUCAUCAGGUGUCUAAAACAGCACCAACUGGAGAAUAUUUGACAACAGGAAGUUUCAUGAUAAGAGGAAAAAAGAAUUUUCUUCCUCCCUCAUACCUUAUGAUGGGGUUUAGUUUCCUGUUUAAGGUAGAUGAACCAUGUGUUUGGAGACAUCGAGGGGAACGAAAAGUCAGAAUUCAAGAUGAAGACUUGGAGACAGUGGCCAGCAGCACUAGUAAGCUAGUUUCAGAAGAAAUGGAGGCACUAGAUGAUGAUGAUAGCAGCAGUGGAGAGGAUCAAGAAGAGACUUUUGACAAUCUAGAAGAAAAGGAAAUAAAGUCUCAAAUUGCUCAGAAGGUCAUUGCCAUUCAAAAUGAUAAAAAUAGGCCAAAAGAAGGAUCAGCACAAGAAGAGAGCUCAGAUGAUGAUGAUGAUGAUGAUGAUGAUGAUAAUGAUAAUGAUGACAAUGGGGAAUCUCAAGGAAGGAUGAGAGCAAGUCAGGAGACAGCAAGUGAAAGGAAGGAUGAAUCUGAAGUGUCAUUAAGUUAUCCAGAUACUACAAUUGAUCUGUCUCACCUUCAAUCCCAAAGAUCCUUCCAGAAGAUAGUUGCUAGAGAAGAUUCUUCUGAUGUGAAUGACAGUAAAUUACAUGGCCGGAGGCAUUUGUCAGCCAAGGAGCGAAGGGAAAUGAAGAAAAAAAAGCAACCAAGUGACUCAACAGAUUUAGACAUGUUGGAGGGAAAGGAAAAGGAAAAUACACUGAAGACUGAAGUUUCUCCAAAUACAAGCAAAAAUGUUCUAGGUCCACAACCAAUGAAGAGAGGACAGAAGAGUAAAAUUAAAAAAAUGAAGGAAAAAUAUAAAGACCAAGAUGAAGAAGAUCGUGAACUUAUCAUGAAGCUCCUUGGUUCUGCAGGUUCAAGCAGAGAAGAAAAAGGGAAGAAAGGGAAGAAAGGGAAAACAGUGAAAACAAAAGAAGAAACAGUGAAGAAACCACCCCAGAAAUUCAAGGGUGAACUGAGGAUUGGCGACAGAAUUAAGGAAGAAACUCCUUCUCUUGAAGCUGUAACUCAUGGAGUACAAGAACUUGCCAUGGAGGAUCAGCCAGAUGACAAGGAAGAGCAAGAUAUAGAACAACAAGGAAAUGAGGAGAAUGUGCUGGAUUCUUUGACAGGCCAGCCCUACUCUGAAGAUGUUUUGCUUUUUGCUAUACCAAUAUGUGCCCCUUAUACGACCAUGACCAACUAUAAAUACAAAGUGAAACUUACUCCUGGACUCCAGAAAAAAGGAAAAGCUGCUAAAACUGCCUUGAAUAUUUUCAUGCAUUCAAAAGAAGCAACAGCAAGAGAAAAAGAUUUAUUUCGUAGCGUAAAGGACACUGAUUUAUCAAGAAAUAUUCCUGGAAAAGUGAAAGUAUCUGCACCCAAUCUGCUCAAUUCAAAGAAGAAAUAACAGAGAUAAUAUAAUA